UGGCAAUACUGAAUCAUUCAUACAGCCGCCAUAACUAUUUUGGUUAUAAUUUGUUUGAGGUUAUUUAUUAAACCGACGCCGCAUUUGUUUUUCAAUAAAGUCAACUAAUAAAACUACAAAAAUGAAACUCGUUAGAUUUUUAAUGAAGUUGAGUCACGAGACGGUCACAAUAGAAUUGAAGAACGGUAGUGUUGUGCACGGGACUAUAACCGGAGUCGAUGUUGCUAUGAACACACAUCUGAAAGCCGUGAAGGUAACGCUAAAAAACAAAGAGGAAUUACAGCUGGAGACUUUGAGCAUUCGUGGGAACAAUAUUAGAUAUUACUUGCUGCCUGACAGCUUACCUUUGGAGACGCUAUUAAUCGAUGACACUCCUAAAGGCCGAGGAAAGAGGGAAGGUUUCCCAAGAGGAGGUGCCGGCGCCCGAGGCGGUCGCGGGAGAGGCCGUGGCGGACGCGGAGGACCCAGAGGAGGCCGCGGAGGCCGAGGCCGUGGGCGCCGUUAAGUGUAGUGUUCUAGUUUUAAGUCCAAAAUUUGUGAUUACAUUUUCUAUAUAAGGUC